AUGAGUGAAGCCCAAGACCCUGUCCAUGAGGUUGCCAUCCAGGUGAAGCUGUGUGGCUGGAGCCAUCAAGAUGGGGGCAGUGGGUCUCUCUGUUCCCGCCAACACCAGGAGCUCCAGGCCUUCCUCAGCCUUCUGGAGCACAGUUUCCUUCAGGAAUUCCUCUCCAGAGAUCCCUGUUUCCAGAUUUCAGAUAAGUAUCUCCUGGCCAUGGUGCUGGUCUACUUCCGGCGUGCCAACCUGAAGCUCAGCGAGUACACCUGCAGCAACCUGUUCUUGGCACUGUACCUUGCAAAUGAUAUGGAGGAGGACCUGGAGGAAGCCAAGUGUACGAUUUUUCUGUGGGCCCUCGGCAAAGACUGGCAUAGUCAGGUGGCACACUUUCUGCGUCAGAGGGACAAGCUGUGGGCAAGGAUGAGCUUCCGGGCUGUCGUGAGCCGCCAGUGUUGUGAGGAGGUCAUGGCCAAGGAGCCGUCCCACUGGGCCUGGACUCGGGAGCGACGCCCCCACCACGGAGGGGCUCAGAGGAGCUGCCCAAAGGCCCAGGUCCCCCUCCCCCGGGGCCCUGGCCUCUCACCACCCCACUGUUCCCUCUGUGGCUUGUCCCCUCUCUAUAGCCACUGCUGCCACCAACCCUGUCCCUUGCCUGUCUUACCCAAGUGUCCUUCCCCAAACCCUGAGUGGUACUGCCCUCUUUCCCACGCUUGUCUCUCAGUGGCUGAAGACCACUGGGGUGGGGGCUUCCUAAUGGUCCUGCCCCCCCAGCUACAUCUGGAGCCGGGCACCUACACCCUCCACAUCCUCCCAAAGCCUCCGCCAGUGCCCUAG